GUCCUAGUCCCCUUGGGUCUGUUUUAACGCUCUCUUGAAGCCAUAUUUCCAUCAUGAAUCCAUGUCUGAGUCUAUCUUCUUGCUGGCUCUGGUGACAGAACGUGACUCUCCAUCACUUUCCAGGCAGAGAAGAAAUGAUGGAUCAUUACUCCCUCAUCAUGCACCAGCACAUAGAUGACACAGUCUGGUGUCCAAGCAAUAUAGAAGAGCAAAAUAUAACACAUAUCUCAGAAUUCCACCUCAUGGGACUCUCAGAUGAUCUACAGCUUCAGCCCAUACUCUUUGGACUGUUCCUUUUCAUGUACUUGGUCACAAUUCUUGGGAACCUGCUCAUCAUCCUGACAGUCAGCUUUGAUUCUCACCUCCACAGUCCAAUGUACUUUUUCCUCUCUAACUUAUCCUUGGCUGACAUAAGUUUCACUUCCACCACACUACCAAAAAUGAUAGUGGACAUUCAGACUAACAACAGAGCCAUUUCCUAUUCAGGAUGCCUGACUCAGAUGUCCUUUUUUAUGCUUUUCGGGUGUUUGGAUAGUCUGCUUCUAACAGCCAUGGCUUAUGAUAGGUUUGUGGCCAUCUGCCAUCCUCUGCACUACCAGGUCAUUAUGAACCCUCGUCUUUGUGGCUUGUUGGUUUUUCUAUCUAUUCUAAUAAGCCUUUUGGUUUCUCAGCUGCAUAAUUCAGUGGUAUUACAACUUACCUAUUUCAAGAGUGUGGACAUUUCCCAUUUCUUCUGUGAUCCAUCUCAACUUCUUAACCUUGCCUGUUCUGAUACCUUUACCAAUAACAUAGUCAUGUAUUUUGUUGGUGCCAUCUCUGGUUUUCUCCCUAUUUCAGGGAUUUUUUUCUCUUACUAUAAAAUUGUUUCCUCCAUUCUUAGAAUGCCAUCACCUGGUGGGAAAUAUAAAGCCUUCUCUACUUGUGGCUCUCACCUGUCAGUUGUUUGCUUAUUUUAUGGAACUGGCCUUGGUGUAUACCUCAGUUCAGCUGUCUCCUUGUCUCCCAGGAAGGGUGCAGUAGCAUCGAUAGUGUACACUGUGGUCACCCCUAUGCUCAACCCCUUUAUCUACAGCUUAAGAAACCGGGACAUCAAGAGCGCCAUGUGGCGGCUCCUCAGAAAAACAGUCUAAUUUCAGGACCUCUGCAUUUAUUCUGUAUCCUUUGUAUAUUUUACUCACAAAAUUCUUAAUUAUUGUAAUACCUGUGGAAUCUUCAUCUGUCUAAUACUGCAUUAAUAACUACAUAAUUGAAAACACCAGGCAACUUUCUUCUUAUAUAUUCAGAAGAGGAAGGAAGUAAAGUCCACCUCAUGGGACUCUCAGAGGAUUCAUAGCUUCAUCUCUUACUAUUUAGACCAUUCCUGUUUACGUACCUGGUCACAAUGCUUGAAAGCCUCAUCAUCCUGGACUUCCUUUCCUCUUCCUUUCCCCCUUUCAUAUUAUAAGAAAAUUCUAUAGCAAGCUUCUUAUCACAUUUAGUGGGUAUAGGUCUACACUGAAAACUAAAGAAUAUGUACUUAGUAAAAGGGAACAUCAUUCUGGGUGAAAUAUAUAUGAUAUAUACAAAUUUCUUUCAUAGAAACAAAAUGACACUUCCUUACCUUUCUUUAUGUGUUUUUUAGAAAUGCUCUACAAGUGUUCGCUUUAGUUUUUUGGUGUGUGGUCCUAGAAAAGUUGACCAUGUUAUGGUGGGUGACUCCAUUUCCAGGCACGUAUAGGCAGUGCUAUUGGUCUCAUUUAAAAAAGAAUACAAGAAAUGGGGAGAGAUUGGGAGAUUAUCUGGGAGGAGUUGAAUGGGGCAUUCAGGGUGAAUGUGACCAAAAAUACACUGAAUGCAGUUAUGAAAUUCUCAAGGAAAAAAAUAAAAACAUAUAUAAUGAAUUUUAUUUUAUUUAGGUUGUCUUUGAGGAUGUAGGUUAUUGGUACUCAUGCCUGUAUCUAUGAAGUUGCUCAGGCCUUUAUAAAAAUUACUGAUGCUUGUGGAACUUUUGCAAAGGACCUGAUUUAUAGCACUCAUAUUGUGACUUAUACCCAUUUGCAACUCCAGGUCUAUUGGACACUGUGAUAUCUUCUUGCCUCUGUGGGCACUGCAUUCAUUGGUACACUUAUAUACAUUGAAGCAACAUUCAUAUACAUAAAGUAAAAAUAUACAAAAAAAUUAAAGUACAGAUGCCUAUGUUUUCUAUUCAGAAAUUCUGAUUUGCUGCAGUGGUGUGUGUCUGAACACAAAAUUUUGAAGUCACCUAACAUUUUUAAAUGAAAAAUAUGCUAACAUAUUUUUAGUAGAUUCCUUGCAUGAAAUGAAAAAUUUAUUCUGGUUUCAGGAUUUUCUUUGACACUGACACUACUAAUUGUGAGCUUAGAUUUACCAUUGUUGGACUUCUUAGAGUUUUAAAAAUAAUGUGGCUAGUACAUUUUCAAAAUUGUGAAGUUUAUAUUUUAGUUUUAAAAACUGUCUCUAUGCCCAUUCUGGAAUUCCCCUAAUGUAAACAUGUCAGUUUUAUGAUACCACGUAAGUACAUUAGUAAAUCUCUUGUUUAUUUUUCUUCAUUCUUUCUUAUUUGCUUUUGUAAUUAAAUGCUUUUAAAUAAUCUGUACUUAAGAUCAUUGAGUGUUCUUUCUGCUUAGAAAAUCAAUCAUGAACACCAUACUGACAAUUUCAGUUGAGUUAUAAUGUUCCUCAUCUUUAGAAGUGUUGUAUUCUAAUAACUUAUAUGUGGUAUACAAUUCUCAUUUUGAUUGUGAAUCAUUUUCCUAACCUUUUGUCUUUGUGGAACUCAUAUUUAUUAACCACCCUUCACAUGUUUCAAUUUGAUGUUGCAUAAAUCAU